AUGGGUGAAGCAGCAGAGACGUUUAGAUCGACGACCAACGCGAGGUUCUCAUUAGAGAUUCAAAACGGCGAGCAUAUGGAUGCUGAUCAGUUGUGGACACACUUGGCAAAGGGUAUGAGGGAGACAGCAAAGGCGGUAAUAGGGGAAACAAGAGGGACAGCAAGAUCGACGGAGGAACUAAACCAGAGGCUAGAGAAAUGGAGAGAAGCCCUUGAAGACCAUGGUUUGUGCGUGAGCCGAGAGAAGACAGAAUACCAUAGAUGUGACUUCGAUAACCAGGAGAUAAGACAAAAUGGGGAUGAGGUUAUUAGCAUUGGGGGCCGCAUAUUGCGUCCGAAGGAGUCUUUUAGAUACCUGGGAUCAAUGAUACACAAAUCAGGUGGGAUAGACGAGGACGUGACACAUCGAAUCCAAGCCGGAUGGAUGAAGUGGGGAGCAGCUACGGGAGUCAUGUGCGACAAGAGGAUCCCGCUAAAGCUGAAGGGAAUUCUAUAG